AUGUUCAACAAAAUUGACGACUUUGAGUUGGGAAAGGCGAUUGGAGUGGGGCAGUUUGGGCAGGUUUGGCUUGCGAGACACAGGGAAGAGGGAUUUGUUUGUGCAAUAAAAAUAUUCGACCUAUCAAAAAUACAGGACGAGGCACAGGUGAGAAACAUCAGGCGUGAGAUUGAAAUCCACCUGAACAUGGAGCAUAAGAACAUUAUUGGAAUGUACGGCUACUUCUACGACAGAAACAACCUGUAUUGCGUAUUGGAGUAUGCUGGAAAUGGAGACUUGUACGGAUUCAUAAACAACGAGACUGGAAACAAGGACAGGAGUGAGAAGACUGUUAGGAAGUACGUCAGAGACGUAGCAGAGGCACUGGAAUAUUUGCACGACCAGAACAUAAUUCACAGGGACAUAAAGCCAGAAAACAUUCUGAUUGGCUGUGACGGAAGAGCGAAGUUGGCCGAUUUCGGGUGGUCUGUUUGCGACCAGGAGCAUCGUAGGGCAACAUUCUGUGGCACGCCUGACUACCUUUCGCCUGAGAUCUGUCAGAAGAAGAGCUACUCGAUGGCAGUGGACAUCUGGUGCCUGGGGAUUCUGACGUACGAGAUGCUGGCUGGGGCAAUUCCAUUCAAGGCAGAAGACAAGAGCAUUAGAAGCACCAAAAAGGCCAUUCUUGAGGGAGAGGUGUCCUAUCCUGCCUCAUUCAGCACACUGGUCAGGGAAUUCAUCGCAGGAUGCACGGAGAAGGACCCAGCAAAGCGAAUGACGGUCAAGGAGACCCUGGCUCACAGGUGGCUCAGUCAGUGA